UAGCUCCUACCUUACCUCCUCCUCAUACAUACUCACAAGUGCAUAGCCAUGGCCAGCUCGUCAGCGUUGCAGUUCACGGUGAGGAGGAACCCGGCGGUGCUGGUGCCACCGGCGGCCCCGACACCACGGGAGCUGAAGCGGCUCUCCGACAUCGACGACCAGGAGGGGCUCCGCUUCCAGCUUCCCCUCAUCCACUUCUUCCGGCGCCACGACGGCCAGGACGACGACCCUGCGCUUGUGAUACGGGGCGCCAUCGCCGCGGCGCUCGUCCACUACUACCCGUUCGCGGGGCGGCUGAGGGAGCUCGAGGGCCGCAAGCUCGCCGUCGACUGCACCGGCGAGGGCGUGCUGUUCGUCGAGGCUGACUCCGACGUCCGCCUCGACCAGUUUGACGCGGCCCUGGGCCCCCCCUUCCCGUGCCUCGACGAGCUCCUCUUCGACGUCCCCGGCUCCUCCGGCAUCCUCGACUCCCCGCUGCUGCUUUUCCAGGUGACACGGCUCGCGUGCGGAGGCUUCGUCAUGGCUGUGAGGAUACAACACACGAUGGCAGACGGGGCAGGGAUAGUGCAGCUCCUGGGUGCCAUUGCGGAGUUGGCUCGUGGUGCGCCGGAGCCGACGGUGUGGCCGGUAUGGGCGCGUCAGCUGCUGCGGGCGCCGCCGCUCGACGAUGAUGUACUACUCCCACCGCGCUUCGCGCACCGCGAGUACGACGAGGUGAUGGACAUGAACGGCGCCAUCGUCCCCUUCGACUUCAUGGUGCACCGCUCCUUCUUCAUUGGGCGGCGGGAGAUCUCCGCCAUCCGUUCCCACCUCCCGCCGGCUCUCCGUCGCGGUGCUACCAACUUCGAGGUCCUCACCGGGUGCCUGUGGAGGUGCCGCACGGUGGCUCUAGCCCCCCGCGCCGACGAGGAGAUGAGGAUGAUCUGCAUCGUCAACAUCCGUGGCAGAAACAACACUAUCAUCCCCGCCGGCUACUAUGGCAACGCCUUCGCUUUCCCGGUCGCCAUCUCCACCGCCGGCGACUUGCUCGCCAACCCUGUGAGCUACGCCGUGGAGCUGGUGAUGAAGGCGAAGCGGGAGGUGGACGUGGAGUACAUCCGCUCCGUGGCGGCGCUCAUGGCACGACGCGGGCGGCCGCACUUCGCGGUGGCGCGCGCCUACCUUGUGUCGGACGUGACCAAGGUCGGAAUCCGUGACCUCGACUUCGGGUGGGGCAAGCCAGUGUAUGCCGGGCCGGCGAAGGGCGGAGUCGGCGCCAUCCCAGGCGUCGCCAGCUUCUUCAUUGCUGUCAGGAACGACAUGGGCGAGGAGGGCAUCGCGGUGCCUGUUUGCAUGCCUGGCCCCACCAUGGACAAGUUCGUCGAGGAGAUGGGGAAGCUCACGCACCCCACACUGGCCGACACAUUUCAGACGCUCAGAUCUGCAAUCUGAGCAAAAUCACUAGCCGCCAUCAUGGUUUUGAUUAACCAUCGAAAUGUUGGCUUGUAUUUUAAGUGUCGAUCCCCCACAUACGUCCACAUUUUUACGAAAAAGGUUUCCCCCACUUUAUAUUA